AAAAAUCAGCUUUAAAACAAUUUAAUUAUCACCACAUCUUUUAUUAUAAAUUUAAUUUAAUUUACCCAAAUAAACGAAGAUUCACUAACUUAAUUGAAUUUUGAAGCAAGAAAAAAUAAGGUUGACUGUGUAGUAAAAAUGGGAUGCGGAAAAUCUGCAAAUAAAGCUGAUAUUAAAAAUAAUUAGGUUUAUUAACCAUAGGAAGUUGAUCAAUCAAAGCUUAAAUACCAAGAAAAGCCAGCAUAAAAUAAUGAUCAAAUAUUUUAAGAGCAAUUAAUUACGCCCAAAAAGGAACAUUCAAUGCCUUAGAUGAAUCAUAAAAAUAAUUAAUAACCAACGAUUAAUUCAGGAUACUUUCCUAACGGAAAAGUAAAUCGUACAUUUGGAAAGUAAGACAAGUUUUAAAAUAAAAUCAAUAAAUUCCUAUACUUUUUUGGUGUCAAUUAGAUAAAUGAGCAGCAAAUAUUAAAGUUUGAUGUUGAAAAUAAAUAGUUUUAUAAUUUAUACUAAGAUUUAAGUUAAGAGCAAAAAGAAAAUGUAAGUAUUUAUAAUUACACUUUAUGCUUGUAGAUCGAUGAUGAAAAUAUAUUUAUUUGUGGAGGUAUAAAUUAAGAAUUAACGGAAAUAUAAAAUGAAACCUAUAUUUUUAACAUAAAAACACUUCAAUUUCAAAAAUAAUAAGAUCUAGUCACAUCUCGAUAUACCCAUUUUGGUUUGAUCCAUUAAAGAAAAGUAUAUUGCAUUGGAGGAAGAAGCUAUGGAGAUGAUUAAUAGGCUAUCUUAAGAUCUUGUGAAGUGUUUGAUUUAGAUUAAAAAUCUUGGUCUUUUCAUCCUCCAUUAAAUGUAGCACGAUGCACUGGAAUGGUUUUUUUGUACAACGAACAUGAUAUGUAUGUAGCAGGCGGUUAUUCUGGUCCUGAAUACAGAACUAAAAAGAUAGAAAAGUUCAAUUUAUCAACUAAUUAGUGGGAUAUUCUAGAUUUUAAAUUGCAUAGAGGUUUAGAAGGGUCAUUUUAUAUUGCAUCAAACAUAUACAACGAAUUAUUAAUUUUUGGAGGAUACUGUAAAGGUGGAGCAACAUCAUCGAUUUGUUCAAUAGAUAUGUAAGAAUAAUCUAUCAGAUUUAAAGGUAAAAUGGCUAAAUAAAGAGUUUUACAUAAAUCAGUUUAGUCUGGUGAUAAUUUAUACAUUUUUGGAGGAGACGAAGCAAAUCAUGUAGAAAAAAUAGAUUUAUAUACAUUUAAGACAUAAAUAAUUUCUGUAAAAAACAAUUUUACUGACUUUUGUGAUUAAUUCGAAAUUGAAAAGUAUAGUGCAUCAUUGUAAACUCAAUAAAUAGAUUACUUUUCAACUAAUUCCAAAAAAAACCCUCAAUCUUUACAAAAUAAUUUAUAUGAAGAAGAAGAAAAGAAAAAGGAACACAAUUCAAUCUAUCACCUACUAGGUACAGAAGAGUAACCUUUUAUCAUUUAAUUUAAGGGCACAAGUGAACAAGAUAUCAAAGUAAAAUCAGUUCCUACAAAUUUAGACCUUAGUUGCUAUUAAGGUGGUUGCAGAUUGAGCCAAAAUGAAAUAUUUUUAGCAGGAGGAAUAUCUUCAUCAAUGAAUCAAGUAUUGCAAAAAUGUUUCAUCUAUAAUUUUGAAAAAAAAGUGAAAACAAAAAUGCCACCAAUGAUCCAUUAAAGAUAUGCAUUUAGUUGUUUAUAUGUGUAAGAAUAAAAUGAAAUAUAUGUGAUUGGAGGUAGAAGCUACAAUAGCUUUGAAUAAGAUGACAAUCACUCUUUUGGUGAUACUAGCUAAGAUUAAAUUCUAUCUAAGCUUUAAUAAUAUGAUUCAUAAAUAUACAAUAAUAAUAAAGAAAGUAUGUAAAAUUCUCAACUCACUAAUAAAAACCAAUAAUAAAGUACCCACAUAAAGAAUAGUUAAGCUAUGAAUAACAGAAGCAACUAUACUUAAAAUAAGAACUAAAGCCAGCUAAAUGAAAAUGUAUCUCUGUUGCCAUAAAAUUAAGGUGAUGUUUUAGCUUAUUGUGAAAAAUUUGACUUAAAAACAAAAAAAUGGGUUUCAAUUUAAUAGAUGAAUAGGCCUAGAUCUUCUGCUUGCUCUUUUAUAUACUUUAACAAAAUUUACAUUUAUGGUGGUUAUCAUGGCAGCGAUAUAUAUAAAUAAAUCAACAUGGAAAGUUAUGAUAGUAAAAAUAACAAAUGGGAAGAACAUAACAUACAGCUAGAUAAGCAAAUUCCAUCUUUAGAGGCAAGCUAAAUAAUUUAAGACCCUAGCAACUAGAACUCAUUUUUAAUUUUUGGAGGUUAAGUUGGGUCUUAACCAUCAAAUAGUGUGUGGGAAUUUGAUAUUCUAAAUCUUUGCUAGAAGGAAAUUUCUCAUAUGAAAUAUCCAAGAUAUUUACAUAAGAUUGUAAAAAUAUAAGACCAAUAAAGCAACUCUAAAAUAGCAAUUAUUGGCGGGAAUUAAAGUUCUAUGAUAGAAUUUUAUGAAUAAAAUAAUUAAAACAAUACAAAUGAUGAAGAAAUAGUAAAUCAUAUGACAAAUAUAUUUGAAAAUACAAUUGGAGAUAAAAUAAUGAAAAAAUAUUUACUCAUUUGA